CGCGAAGUGAAAGGUGUUGGAACUCAACAAAUAUUUCCCAGUUAGAAUUUAAUUAUUUCUCAAUAUGUAUAUCCAUUUUUGCGUUAUAAUUUUAGGACUGUACUCCUUUUCGGUUGAUGCGUUCUUUCUUUUUGCAGAAAAGAACGAGCCAGUAUGGUUGUGUUUAAAAAUUUGUCCACUUUAUUGCCCUCAACGGAGACAUGAUGAAGAUGCAUCACUGAUAUUUUGGGACGAUUUUGAACCUAUAGAUGAAGAGCCAGAAAUCAUAUUACCUUAUCAAUACUUCUGCAAACCGAAGCCCAAACCCACGACUGCAAAGCCUACAACAACAAUGGCGACCACCACAGAAGAACCCACUUGGAUCUGCAUGGUUUGUAUGAAGAAAUGUGGGAAAUUGAAAAAUAAAUGAUUUUGUUAACCAAUUUUAUAAAAUUUACUAUCAUUAA